AUGCCUGGAACUUGGUUAAACGCAAUCAGAAAAGCACUGCCCUGCAAAUCUCAGCCAUCGGAUGUAUCCGACCCAGAGAGAUCAUCUUCUGUGGGAUGUCUUUCAAAUCUCAGAGGAUGCAAAAGGCACAAGGAAAAGGAAUCAAACUGCAGUUCAAAGGUACAAGGAAUAAUUAUUAGUACCCAGCACUAUCCCAAAACCAACAUUACUGGCAAUGAAACAGUCCUUCAUCAUAACUUGAGAAUGAGAUCUUCAAGGGAACCAGGGAAAGCUAGUAAUGGUGGCAUGGCUAAGAGGGUUGGUAGAGCCGAAGGCAUGGAUAUGGUGUCGCGUUUUAAGCUGGAAAACCCAGUAUUUGAGCAAUCAAGGGAAUACUAUGGUGGUAAUUAUUCUACUGUGGUUUGUCAAAUGUGUGGUCAGCAACAUCACAAAUCUUCCGUUAAUGCCAUUGACUACUCACAUCGUUUGUCCAAGCGCUAUACAGUCUCUAUUGAAAGUAUCUCCCAUUGUCGUCGUUUGCCUUUCUCAGUGAGCGAACUACUGGAAGGAGACUCAUCGAGAAAAAUCGUCGAAAUAAUUUGUCAAACAGGGCAAGAUGAGAAGCAACAUGUGAAGAUGGAGACUGUUAGGAAUAGCUAA